UGCUCGUAGGACACAUUUGAUAGGAUCCCUAUUGAGAAACUGCUGUUUUACGACAUGAUUCAGUAAGUUUUCUCCAUAAUGGAUAAGGAAAAUACAUCCUCGACGACAACCCCUAGGAUAGCAGGAGAUGGUCUGCGAACAGUGAAAACUACAGGGGUAUUCAGAGCACUGAAUUUUGAACUCUACGUCAAACCAAACAAAAUCAUUAUGAUACUGGGUCUAGUAGCUAUUGCUGGUUGUGCAGGAUAUAUAACAUACAUGAAAACAAAAUAUGAAAACAUGGGCUACUAUGUUGCUGUGCGUGAAGAUGGAAGCAAACAACUUCACACAAAAAAGUCUAGAUGGGACUAAACAUUACAUUGAACAUAGUAUUCAACAUUGUACAGCAGAUAAGAAGCAAAGCCACAAAUGAAAUAAAUUCUGAAAAUUUCUCUAA